GGCAAAGGACAAUAAAAGUAUUCAGUGUGCGAUGAAGUCCUGCUACGGCGAGUAGGGGGGAAAGGCUGGACUCAAGAGACCGCAGCUCCGGGAUACCGUCGGAAGACUAGCCGUGAAGCCAGGAUGCUCUCCGAAGCUGUCUCAUUGCUGCUGCUUGUGGCAGGCAUCCGCUCGGUGUCCGGAGGAGGCGCUGGAGGUGGAGGAUAUGCUCAAGUGAAAUACAUGCAGCCCAUGGUGAAAGGGCCCCUGGGGCCCCCAUUCCGGGAAGGCAAAGGGCAGUAUCUCGACAUGCAACCGCUCCUGCCGAUGGAUCUCAAAGGGGAGCCAGGCCCCCCAGGAAAGCCAGGCCCAAGAGGACCUCCAGGCCCCCCAGGCUAUCCAGGAAAACCAGGCACUGGGAAACCCGGACUUCAUGGCCAGCCAGGCCCUGCUGGGCCCCCUGGAUUUUCUGGUGUUGGCAAACCAGGUAUCCCAGGGCUUCCAGGAAAGGCAGGUAUGAAAGGGAUGCCCGGCCUCAAAGGUGAACCCGGCCUGAGAGGUGAGCAAGGCCAGAGAGGAUUACCUGGCCCACCAGGAUUGCCUGGGCCAGCAGGCAUCUCAGUCAAUGGGAAACCAGGCAUGCAGGGCACUCCAGGUCUACCAGGAUUUCGGGGUGAGCCUGGGCCAAAAGGGGAACCAGGGCUUCGGGGGGAGCGGGGCUUAAAGGGUGAAAAUGGUGUUGGGAAGCCAGGGUUUCCGGGUCCCCGAGGAAAUGGAGGCCCCCCCGGCCCCGCUGGGCCUCCAGGGCCAAAUGGCAUUGGGAAACCAGGGUUCAAUGGCUUACCAGGUGCUCCAGGGGGGAAAGGCGAGAUGGGCCCAUCUGGAGCCCCUGGGAUCAAUGGGGAACCUGGGCCGAUGGGGCCACGGGGGCCACCAGGGAUUGAUGGAAUAGGCAUCCCGGGCGUUGGAGGGAUUCCAGGUAUGCAAGGCCCUGUGGGGCCAAAGGGAGAACCCGGGAUCCGUGGCCUUCCCGGUUUACCUGGGCCCGCAGGCUAUGGGAAACCAGGUUUGCCAGGCUUAAAAGGAGAUCGUGGGCAACCUGGGAUCCCAGGAGCCAUUGGCGACAAAGGGGAACCAGGCAUGGAUGGGGAAGCAGGCGAGCAGGGCCCGCAGGGUGUCAUUGGAUCCCCCGGGGUGCCAGGCUCCAUGGGCUUGCCAGGCAAACACGGGCUGCCAGGCCUCAAAGGUGAGGUUGGGCUGCCUGGGCCCCCAGGAAUACCAGGGAUGCGUGGAGACCAAGGGCCAAACGGUUUUGCAGGGAAACCAGGGGUCCCUGGAGAGAGAGGUUUGCCUGGGUCUCAGGGACCACCUGGCCCCACAGGGCCAAAAGGAGAACCAGGGUUCACAGGGAUUCCUGGGAUGCCAGGGUUAACAGGUAGCCUGGGACCAAAGGGAGAUGCAGGAAUUCCAGGCCAGCCAGGCCUGAGGGGCCCAUCUGGUAUUCCAGGCCUACAAGGCCCUUCUGGUCCCAUGGGGCCACAGGGCUUACCAGGGCUGAAAGGGGAACCUGGCCUCCCAGGCCCUCCAGGGGAGGGGAAGGUAGGGGAGCCUGGCAUUACAGGACCCAUUGGCCCACCUGGAAUACCAGGGACACGUGGAUUAAACGGACCCCCAGGACCACCAGGGCCGCCUGGUCCCCCCGGGGCACCAGGGGUGUUCGACGAGACAGGCAUCGCUGGGCUGCACUUGCCGGAUGGAGGCGUGGAAGGAGCGGUGUUAGGGAAUGGUAAGCCUGGGAAGCCACAGUAUGGCAAAGGGGAGCUCUCUGCCCGGAUAGCACCCGCUUUCACGGCCAUCCUGACCUCCCCGUUCCCAGCCUCUGGCAUGCCAGUCAAAUUCGACAGGACUUUGUACAACGGGCACAACGCCUACAAUCCAGCCACAGGGAUAUUCACCUGCCCCAUCUCCGGCAUCUAUUACUUUGCCUACCACGUGCAUGUCAAAGGGACUAAUGUCUGGGUGGCACUUUAUAAGAACAAUGUGCCCGCCACAUACACCUACGACGAGUACAAAAAAGGCUACCUGGAUCAAGCCUCAGGCAGCGCAGUGCUCGAACUCAAAGAGAAUGACCAAGUCUGGGUCCAAAUGCCCUCGGACCAAGCCAAUGGGCUGUACUCCACAGAAUACAUCCACUCCUCUUUCUCCGGCUUCCUGCUUUGCCCCACAUAACAGUUGUUGGGUGUUUCCCCUUUUUACCCACUUUAGCCAUAAACUGUCUUGUUUUUUUAAUAAUUUUUUUUAAAAAAUAAAAGAAAUACAAAAAAGAAAAAUCACUGGGAAGAACGCGCAAGUCAUUGGCGCAGGACCUCGCUUCACACUGUUCACUCAAGGAGUCGAGAGGAUAAGGGGAAAGGAGCCUUUGUUGUUUCUUGGGGGGGGGCAAGUGGGGGAGGUGUCUUUGGAAUAAAUUUUACCUUUGUGACUGCACAUCAAACUCAGAAACUAGCUCAGGCUGGCUAGGAUCUAGCUAUGCAACUACAUUGUUCUUUAAGUCAGAGGAGGAAAGCUGAAGAAUCCAGACCCUUCUUGGUUUAUAAUCAAGUGCCCUUGUUCCCGCUGUUGAGUACUAGUUAAAUAAAGAAAGUCAUUUUGCAUAUUCGUUAGCCAAUCCAGGGAUCCUAAGCAAUCUCAGAUCUCUAGAGCAGUGGAGAUUCCUGGUGGAUUGACUCUCACCUUCCCAAGCAAUCAUUUCCCCACAUUUCAAUCUCAUUGACGCUUGAAUCAGUGUCUCGGAUUCGAUCAGGGUGGGUGGAUUUAGUCAUCAAAAGGGGAACACUUUGCAGAAGCACCUUUUUAUAAGUAUAUAUUUAAGAAAAAAUCUUUAGGAACAAAAAACAUCGUUAGUAGCACCUGGCAAUAGGAUGGGUGCCGAAUAUACUCCAAAGCCAUUCAGGGAAUUUGGGACCCCCUGUGAUGAACAAUGUUCCUUGACCUUGUAUUAAUUCCUGCAUUGGCAAGUCAAAGGGCCAGUUCUAUCACAUAUAUUUCUGUAGCCCACAGCCCUGUUUGGGCUUAUGAACGUUUUAUUAUCUGACAGUCCAAGGAUGGCGCUGCAAGCAUGGCUUACAUUGCUACUAGCUGAUUUCAUGGACGGUUUAGCUCUGCUUUCUUUAAGGUGCCAUUUAUGGACAACUUACUUUUAAUGUCUACCUUUCAGGACGUGUACACUUUUUUUCCCCUUCCCCUUGGGGAACUUAUUAAAAAAAAAGCAUUCAUUCUACCUUUCCAUGCAUUCCUUUUACAACGGUGCUAUUAUCUACUUAAUGUUAUUUACAAGUAUAGUGCAAUACGUAUCUUUGAAAGGGGCACCGGUCUGCGUGCAGGGUUCUGUGACUUAGGAAAAAAAUCAUUUCACGUUUGUCCUGUUACCACUUUGCCUCAAUAAUGCUUGAAACGUCAUUGAUUUGAAUAUGGGUUACAAGGUUUAUUACAGCUUUUGGUGUGCCCAGCUAGUGACCACGUGGCUGCGCUGGCCUUUGCAAACUGGAACAAUUGAAGCCUGUUGCUUUGCAGCUUGCGGUAAGGUAAAAUGGCUACAGACCAUUGCAUUUAAAAGUUACUAAAGAGAUUCUUCUCAGCCGGGGUAGGUAGAACGCUGUUGAAGUUAAGCCACAUAUAAUAUACUGAAUUCCUUUCUACAAAGACAUGUGCCUAAGAAAAUAGCUGAAAUUCAUUCAGUCAAUAGCUCAGUGUUCAUUACUCUCAAAUGUCCAUGAUGCCUAGAAUAUGGCCAAAGGAGAGAGAAAGAGUAAGAAUGUGACUUAAUAUUAUUCUCCAGAUUUAUUGUAGAUAAAACUAUUUAAACAUAGAUUUUUUUUUUCUUAAACUACACUGCGUUUGUGUGUCUUGCCCUCCAGGGCUUCCAUUUACAAAAACCCGCCCAUCCCUGAAUUACAAAACAGGAAACAAAAAGAAGGAAGCUAAAGAAAAAAAUUCCAUAGACUAACAUUUCAGACAGAAUCUGGAAUUGGGUCUCCCCUCCCCUUUGUUUUAGUUUUUAUUCGGAUUUACAAGAGCAGGUUGUGAAGCGAUGGAACUUUUAACAGAGACAAAUACAGCCUGAUAUUUUGAAUUCUGUCAGAUGUUUUUAAAUUCCUAAAGGCAGAAGAAUGUCAGAGCCCUUCACGGCCCAGAUUCUGUUGGUAAUCGGUUCUUUGAUUUCCCAUUCGAAAUAGGAACCAUAAAGACCUAAAAUUUGAAGAAAAGGAGCUCAAUUUCUCUCUUCAAAUCCACACUUGAAAGGACAGAGCCGGCAUGGGGCUUCUGUCUUCUUGGUUUAAAUGUAUUUUCCUGCAGAGAACCACAAUGAACUCAAGUUGAUAAUACAGCAGAUCCCUUCAUUUCAGAGCAAAGCGGUCUCACUCCUUGAAUCACGGAACACUGCCAGAGGCAGAGAUGGUAACUUACAUAUACUACCUGCAGCAGGGUAAGGAACUUCCACACCGUUGAAAAUUCACCCAAGGGUGGAAGUUUAAGCCUGUUACUCGACAAAGCAAUUUAUUUAUACUGUGUUCUGACCUACGUUCAGUCCUGGUUUGGUUUUGUUAUUAUUCAAUACUCUGGUUCUGGCUGGCAAAAACAGUGACAGAAACGCACAUUCUAACCAAACGCAAAUAUUAACUCAUUCAAUUUCACUUUCCCUUCAUGUGCAGAACAGAAACCAUAAUCACCCUUCUGCAGCUCUAUAACCUGUUACAUUUACACAGUAUUGAAUGACAAGGAUAUUACACAUACAGGGAGGCUAGGAAACGAUGCACAGGGUGAAGGAGGGAAGGUGUUCAGUAAACCAGAUAUUGUCAGGAAGAUUUCUUUUGAAGUACGCAGUCUGUAAUAUUUGCCAGCAGGAAGGUUUAUUUUCUGUCAUGGGUGUGAGCACUUGGGAUGUUGGUAUCAGUCGCACACAUACAAAAAAUGGUUGGGAUGGAUGAAGUUUGUCAGUUUUUAACUAUGAAAACUACAUUACAGUGUGCAUUUUUUAUAUACAAAUUCUUACUUUUUUUUUUAAGUUUACCUCUAGUAUCUUCUUUUCUAAUCUAGUAUAUAGAGGAUUUUAGUUUUUGUAAAAAUACCUAUUACAUGCACUGUCUGUCAUAGUAAAAUUGGUUUAAAAUGCCUUCUCUUUGAUUGUGAUCGGAAACUGGCCUCUUCAGAACUAAAACUACAGUACUCGAUUGUAUUGACACAACAUCAAUAAAACUUAUUGUAUAAAA